AUAAUGGACAAGACACUGGUGACUGAGUUUGUUCUCACUGGACUUACAGAUCUUCCAAGGCUGCAGGUCCCCCUGUUCCUGAUGUUCUUGGUGAUCUAUCUCACCACGAUGGUGGGCAACCUUGGACUGACUUUUCUCAUCUGGAAGGACACGCAUCUUCACACACCCAUGUACUUAUUUCUGGGCAGUUUAGCCUUUGCAGAUGCUUGUUCUUCAUCCUCUGUGACUCCCAAAAUGCUAAUGAAUUUCUUAUCUAUGAAUCAUAUGAUAUCCCUGUUUGAGUGCAUCUCCCAAUUUUAUAUUUUUGCUUCCAGUGCAAACAUAGAAUGUUUCCUCCUGGUGGUGAUGGCCUAUGACCGCUAUGUGGCCAUAUGCAACCUCUUGCUUUAUCCAGUGGUGAUGUCCAAUAUCUUCUGCACUCAAUUAUUAGGUGUCUCUUAUAUUAUUGGGUUUCUUCAUCCCCUGAUGCAUGUGGGUUUGUUAUUUAGAUUAACUUUCUGCAAGUCCAAUGUAAUACAUUAUUUCUACUGUGAAAUUUUACAAUUAUUUAAGAUUUCCUGUAGUGAUCCUAGAAUUAAUAUGCCCCUGAUGUUUACAUUUUCAGUUUUUAUACAGUCUUUCACUUUUAUGAGUAUCAUAAUCUCUUACUGCUAUGUCUUCUUUGCCAUCCGGAAAAUGAAGUCUGAAAAGGGCAGGAGCAAAGCCUUCUACACGUGCAGUGCUCACCUGCUCUCUGUUUCCUUGUUCUAUGUCACUCUCUUCUUCAUGUAUGUGCAUCCUGGGUCUGUACCAGCUGAAAAUCAGGGUAAACUAUAUUCUUUAUUUUAUACAAUCAUAAUUCCUCUGCUAAAUCCUUUUAUUUAUAGUCUGAGGAACAAACAGGUUAUAGGUGCCUUGAGGAGAAUAAUGAAUAAACAGUUCUUAAGGCAAAAUUCAAAUUUGUUCUUCUCAAACUUUGUUGGAAUGGGGCUGGAUCCUCAAGUGCUGGAAACUUCUCAGCCUGAAGUCUAGUCUGGGGCCAGGAUUGAGAGCAACUCUGAAGGGGUCUCCCCCAAGCCUUGUGCUGUUCCUGGUGGCAAGAAGCAGGACAAUGUGAAGCUGCAGCAAAACCUGGAAGGGUCUCAGGACAUCAGAACUUUACAGGAGCUCCAAAGCAGAAGAGGAUCACCCUGUGGGAAGGUAUUUAGCCAAAGGAGCAGCUGCUGUUUUGAGACUCUGCAGCUCAGUGUCAGUAAUGUGUGUAAGCUGCAGAAAUAGGUGGAGGAAGCUGACAACAAGGAGAAUCUUCAGGGGAAAGGCAAAGAGGAAUCCCUCCUGCAGCAGGCUCAAAAGGGAGAGCAGAUAAGCAUUGAGAACUAAGUGCUUGGCAUCAACAAGCACAUAGUCUGAGUGUGGCUUUGUACCUGGUACCAGAAGGGCAGUCAAUCAAGCAGGAAUUAUUCCCAAUGAGAGUAUUUUGAGGCUGCUGAGUCUCCUUUCAUGGGGUCACCAGUGUGCUUUUCUCUGGCACCAGGGCCAUUUCAGUAGUCUAGACUAUGGGGCUCUCACUUCACUAUUCUGUACUCCUUGGUCCCUUUGACCUUUGAGGGUGAAGUGUCCCCUUUUGUCCAGCUCACCACUCUGGGUUUUCUCAUGCAUUCAGACUGA